AUGUCCGCUCGUGCCAGAAAACAGAAGUCAGCCGAAACGGAGAAAAGCGACGGAAGUCCUCACAGCACUUCGACGUCAAAAGCUACGAUCACUGUUGAGCGCAGUAGGCUAUCCUCCGGGACACCAAGACAAAGUUUCUCCCGGGCUGAGCGUUCACACAGCCCCCGGAGUAUUAGUCGCAAUGAAGAAAAGGAUGAACUUGCUCAUCUGAAUGACCGACUCGCUGGUUAUAUUGAUUAUGUCCGCAAGUUGGAGCUCGACAAAGAGCGUCUCACAAGGCGCAUUCAUUCAGUAACAGAGGAACGCAUGGAAGCUCGCAAAACAUACGAAGAUGAAAUUCAAGCACUUCGGAAUUUGGUGGAUGACUUGGCAAAACAGAAGACGAAGGCUGAAUUAGAUGCCAAGCAGGCUAGGGACGAUGCGAAUGAAGCCAGAUCCAAGCUGAAUAAACGUGACCAAGAAAUCCGAACUCUUCAUCGCCGAAUCGAAAGUUUGGAAAAAGAGUUGUCUAAUUUCAAACAAGAUCAUGAUCGCUAUGCGCCACUUCUGUCGGAUCAUCACGCCUUGCAAAAGCGAUUCGAGGAAGUGCAGCGUGAUCUUGAGGCAGAAACUCUGCUGCGUACGGACCUUGAAAAUAAAGUGUUGGGAUUGAAGGAGCAGUUGGAUUUCCGGACACGUCUAUUUGACGAGGAGCGGGAAAAGUUGGUUCAGCGAACUAUGUACAUCGAAGAAGAAGUUGAAGGCCGUAAGAAAGCCGAAUAUGAAAACCGUCUCGCAGACGAAUUACGUGCCAUCCGUGAUCAAACCGCCAACGAACUUGAGGAUUACAAAAUUCAAAUCGAAGAAACGUUCGAGAAUAAGUUGGGUCAGUUGCGAACUUCGGCAGAUGAUGCCCAUCGCCAACGCAGUGAAUUGCUCAUCGCUCGCAAACGUGCCGAUGAAUUGGCGCAUGAUCUCUCUAAGAAAAUCGCGGAGGUUGAACUUCUCCAGCGUCGCGUGGAUGAAUUGCAACGUCAAUUGGACCAGGAGCGUCGGGAUCACGAUGCCCAACUGAGUUUGCACCGUGAAGAAGUUCGUCGUCUAAAGGACGAAUUGGAAGAGAGCUUCCGUGAAUUCACUGAGCUCAUGAAUACCAAGAUUGCUUUGGACCAAGAAAUUCUAAUGUACAGAAAAAUGCUCGAAGGCGAGGAGAGCAGGAUAUCACUAUUGGCGGNUGGCGGUUGGGAACUAGUACAUGAGGUGGAUGGAAAAGAAACUCGCUUCAAAUUCCACCGCUCUCUCGUUAUUAAACCAGGAGGUACCUGCACGAUCUGGAGCGGUGAUUCCGAUACCACACACAACCCGCCUUCCGAUAUCGUGAUGAAGAGCAAGUCCUUCCACUCCGGACCAGAAGCGACAAUCUCUCUGCUGGAUGGAGAGGGUGUGGAACAAGCUAAAUGCACGGUCAAACGUGAGCGUGUUCGUGCCAGUGGUGUCAGCUUCACUCGGCGGCCCGGUUAUAGGACGCAACAAGAUGAGAUGAAUGUGACGUGUCAGUUCUCAGAAUGUGGUCGGGCCGUCAAACUGAGACGUAUAAUAGAAAACAAACAAGCUCAGCUGGAAUGUGGUCCACGACACGGCAUUAAGAUCACCCAUUGCUAG